CACGCAUACGGUACUCCCUGCUUCAUUCAAAAGUCAUUUGCUACAUAAACAAUUCUAGAAAUAUCGCUAAUCUCAACAUUGUAAGUUAUAACUUAUCAACCAUUGCAAUCAACGCGAAUCUCACAAACUACAUCACAUUCAGUUGUCCGUUAUCAAUCGAGCUGGAAGGAAUUCACGAUGAAGCUUCUCUGCUGCGGCCUAACCUUUGCGGUUACCCUACUGACUGCGAACCUAGUUCAGAUGGCUACCACAACCUCUCUCAAGUGCCUUAAAGAGACACUCAACAUUUGUGCCAUACCAUCUAUGGUCCAGACGAACUCAUCUGAAGAAGUUUACCUGCCCGAUUUGAGCAAGAAAAGCGUUCUGCAAAUCGUGACCGGCAACCUAUCUAUCUUCUCUGAAAAGCUCUCCAUACAGCUAGGGACGGUUAAAAAGCUUCAACUUGGCCCGUUGCAACUGAAGGAGAUUUUUGUGAAACCGGAACUCCUUGAACUGACCGCCGGAAGAAACCAGAUCGAGGUGGUCAAAUUCGAAACCAACAACGCUGACUACAAAUUGCAACUUUUGGAUCUUAGGGAGAACCGUAUGAACAAUUUAGAUAGUUUUGAAAAGUUGGUAGAUUUGCGCGAACUGCACCUCGAAGGGAACGCCCUCGAAAUUAUCGAUUUGCGGGUGUUCAACGGUAUGAACAAUUUGGAGAAGUUGUUCCUUGAGCGGAAUCAAUUGACUACUUUAUUAGCCAGAGAGACGAUCGAACUGCCAGCUUUGAGGUACCUUUCGUUGUCGGAAAAUAAGCUCACCUAUUUGGAAGUCGCCAACUGGCAGCUAAAAUCGCUGACGGAGUGCGACGUAAGUGCAAAUAAUUUAGUUCAUAUCAAUGGACUAGAGGGACAGUUUCCCAGCCUGGAUACAAUAUACCUGACGAAAAAUUGGUGGGAUUGUGUGUGGUUGAAGGAAACUCUGAGUCUUUUUAAUGAGAACUCCGUGACUAUUAAAGAUCACGAUGGGAACUGCGAUAGUAAACAAAUCGUGGAUAACAUUUGUUGCGUUCCGUUGAUAGAUACAAAUAUCACCAACCACGACGAGCUUAGCAAAUUGAGCAGCCUGAAAGAAGAACAAACCACACUCCAUGAGGCACUUAAGGAUAGAUUUGAAUGUUUGAAACGCGAACAGGAGUACAAGCUGACAACUUUGGAAAAAGAUCUGAAGCAUCUGGAACGGAAGGCUGAGAAGUUGAUUCCGACGGCAGAUAGUCUUACCAAGUUUGAGUUUGAUGAGCUGAAGAAGCGAACUCAGACGCUCAAAUCGUCAAUCGAAAAAUUACAUGCUAUAUGGAUCAAACAGAAGAAACAAAAUGAUCUAACCAAACAGAGCCUGCAAAACACGAUUGCAGAUCAGAGGCGAUCACUUGACAAUGAGAUGAAGAAAACUGCCGAGAUUCAGGCACAGUUUGGGCUCCUACGGGACUACGUAGGUAGUAAAUUAAUGAAGCGCAAUUAAAAGGUAGUCAUUUUGAAAUUUCUUGCACACUGAAAUAAAUAAUGUUAAUAAAAUGUAUUGGGCAGCUGGUAUUUCACUUCUAUAUGUUUUCUCUAUUCAACCAGUGCCAGAUUUGUGCUCGCUGCACAUCUCGGACUUUAAGUGUAAAAAAUCAUUGGUGUUGCUUCGAAUGUUAAGAUUUACCUACUCUUUGCAUAUCGAUAGUAAACUAUGAUCCUAAUCUAUCAAUUACAUUACAUAAAAACAAAUUUCAACAACUGAGUGAAAAGUUACUAACAAAUGAGCAGUUGGUGUG